UGUCCCACUUCCUGUUUUCACUACCCUAACAACUGUAGUGCACAUGGGACACACUUGCUAGUAAUAUAUAGCGUUUUUGCACCCUCCAGGUAUAAUAUUUUAGUGUUUUCUUGUGUGUGAAAUAUCUUAUUUGAUUACAGCAGUGACAACAUCAGAAGUAAGUAUGGGUAAGAAGAAAGCAGGCGGAGGAAGCGGCCUAGGCCGAGCACUGAUCAAGGAGAGACUCCAGGCAGGCCGAGGAAACAAGAGGGGCGACUCAUGGAUUCACACCAGUGAGCUGAACGAUGGCUAUGACUGGGGUCGGCUAAACCUGCAGUCGGUGACAGAACAGAGUUCCAUGGAUGACUUUCUGGCCACUGCCGAACUGGCGGGAACGGAGUUUGUUGCAGAGAAACUCAACAUCAAGUUUGUACCAGCGGAAGCCAGAGCCGGCUUAUUGACAGCUGAGGAGCGAACCAGGCUAAAGAAGCUGCAUGAAGACAACAAGCAUUUCCUCAGAAUUCCUCGGCGCCCCCACUGGGACGAAGGCACCAGUCCAGAUGCGCUUCAGCAAGCAGAGAAAGACAGCUUCUUGGAGUGGAGACGAGUGCUUGCACAGCUAGAAGAAGAACAGAAGUUAAUUCUCACCCCAUUUGAGAGGAACCUGGAGUUCUGGCGACAACUGUGGAGAGUGAUCGAGAGGAGUGACGUUGUCGUGCAAAUUGUUGAUGCCAGAAAUCCUUUGCUGUUCAGAUGUCCUGACCUAGAGUUGUAUGUAAAGGAAGCGUCGGAGCAUAAGGUGAACAUGCUGUUGUUAAAUAAGGCAGACCUGCUGACCAGGGAGCAGCGGCGAUCCUGGGCCAGACACUUCCAGAAAGAGGGGCUGAGGGCGGUUUUCUGGUCUGCCCUGGCUGAGAGAGACAGACUGGAUGCAGAGGAAAAGGGCAUGGAAGUGGAGGAUCCAGAGUGUGAAGAGAGUGACCCAGAAGAGGAAGCACAGCCAGACAAUGAAGACUCGACAAAAAAAGGAGCAGCUGGGGAGGAGGAGAUAAAAUUUGCGGAGGAGAAGGAAGAUGAGGGAGGAGAGCAUGAUACAGACGAAGAGCAGCAGGAAAAGAUAACUGUGGAGGAGGAGGACUGGUACACCUGCUCAGAAGAUGGCGAAGAGGAAGGGGCUGUCGGUUCCUCCGAUAAACCCGCCUUUUACAACUCCAGCCGUCUGCUGCAUAAGGAUGAGCUGCUUGACGUGUUUAAGGCUGUUCAUAACGGGUCCAGGUGUAAGGAAGGAGAACUGACAGUGGGACUGGUUGGGUAUCCUAAUGUGGGGAAAAGUUCCACCAUCAACACUAUUUUAAGGAACAAGAAGGUGUCUGUUUCAGCCACUCCUGGACACACUAAGCACUUUCAGACUCUGUAUGUGGAGUCAGGCCUGUGUCUCUGUGACUGCCCGGGGCUGGUCAUGCCCUCCUUUGUUUCUACCAAAGCUGAGAUGAUCUGCUCUGGGAUCCUGCCCAUUGACCAGAUGAGGGAUCACGUACCGGCAGUCUCCCAUAUAUGUCAGCUGAUCCCUAGGCAUGUGUUAGAAGGCACCUACGGCAUCAACAUCAUCCGACCACGAGAAGAUGAAGACCCCGACAGGCCCCCCACGUCCGAGGAGCUCCUGAUGGCUUAUGGAUACAUGAGAGGCUUCAUGACGACGCAUGGCCAGCCUGAUCAGUCCAGAUCAGCCCGGUACAUCCUGAAGGAUUAUGUCAACGGAAAGCUUCUGUACUGCCAUCCUCCUCCAUAUAUUAAUGCUGAAGACUUCCAGCCGCAGCACAACAAGUUCCUGAAUAGAGACUCGGGCGGCUGGGACCUCUCCUCUUCUUCCUCCACAACAACAAAGAAGAUCCGGAGAAUUGAAAAUGUGGUGGACAAGAACUUCUUCCAUCAGGAGAAUGUGCGGGCGCUCUCUAAGGGGGUUCAGUCUGUCAUGGGCUACAAGCCAGGCAGCGGACCCGUUGGCCCCGGAAAACCUGGAUCAGAGGCGGUGGUAGGAAAACCCUGGAAAAAACACGGCAACCACAACAAGAAGGAGAAAGUACGCCGUCUUACAAAGCAUCUGGACGCCUGACGAGGAU